AUGGACGACCCGAACAAUGACGAGUAUUGGUGGGGUGUAACCGUCAGGGCAGCUGAGGAUAUGAAUUCAGUGGAAAGCCUGGACUGUAUGUACUACCAUGGCCCUGAGUAUCCACAGUAUCCAGCCAUUGUAUUGGAGGAUGAUCGCCAGUGGCACUCCUUUGAGCUAGCGAAAUUGCCAGCAGAGAUAAUCCUUGAGUGCUUUGAGCAUAUGACCAAUCGAGAACUGGCCAAUCUCAGCCAGACGUGCAAGUAUCUGUAUCUGAUGCUUCGUUCACUGCUCCGGAGGAAAGCCCGGCAGUUUGCACUGGCGACCCUGGAUGAGUACCGAGAGCUGCUCUGGAUCGAUCGAAACGGUCGAGCCCUCUACAAAGACUGGCAGACGGACCUAUACUCUAUUCCUUUCCGUGAACCCCUCUUCGAGGCUGUUGCGGCAGGGGACUACUCUCUUGUUGAGUUUUAUUUGCGCGCCGGCGUGAGUCCCAAUGCCUACGGGCUGGAGGGCUGGCCCUUACUGCCCUGGGCCGCCCGCAAUGGCCGGUUGGAGAUAGCGCUGCUGCUGCUCGACCAUCCUGCCAUUGAUGUCGGGCUCGUGGCCUGCGAUGAGCAACUAUUCCCCGAUUGCAGUCCACUUCCAUUGGACAUUCUGUGCAACCGCCACUACCGCUGGAGCUACUAUUCGGAGAGAGAUCUUCGCCUGCUAGACUCUGUCGUUCGCUCGCUCCUAUACAAAGGGGCGACAUUCGAACACUUCAACGCCUUCCAGUAUAUCAGCGCCAGUCCGCAUCGACUCCGGUUCAUGAAGGCGGCGAUGGAGAAUGGUUCCGAUCUCCAGGCCGUGGUCAUUGGAAGGCUGCGGACGACCUGGUAUCACCACCACGAGUCCCCUGCAAAGUUUGCCGCUUGUCAGCCGGACUCGCGAUACCUUGAACUCGUCGUGCGCGUGGCUCCCGAGAUCCUGGGUAACGUAGGGAGGGGUUGGCAGAAAAUCGGCGGAUGCCGGCGGCCGGCGACCUUUAGGAGGAGGGAUUGGAAGAGGCUGCUACGGUGGCUUCAGCGGACCUACGGCCUUGUUCCCGGGAGAGACUUCCACUGCCGCUAG